GACAUGGUUGGUGCCAAUGGAUUCAUCAGGUUUAGUUUCACGUGAUGCCAGUAUCUUCACUCUAGCUUUAAAUGUGAGCAACAACCUUAAGUUGCGUCAAUGCGUAAAAGAAAUCAGUGGCGUUAAAACAAAUUUGCGUUAACUCGUUAUUAUCGCGUUAACUUUGACAGCCCUAAUUUAAACAUAUCAUUCGUAUUGACUUGCAAAAGAACUUACAUACAGAGUAUUGUCUGUUACAGUUUUAAACACAAAAGGGUUCAUGUUUAUUUCCUGUUGCAGUAAUAACUGACGUUAAUGUAGAUAGGAUGGCAGGAAGGAAAUCAAUAUUCAAGCUGUUCCCAAGCAACAGAAGAAAACAGACCGACAUGUGCAGCUAUUCUGCGUUCUGUUGCUGGAACCACAAAUGUCUCAAAUUGCUUUCUAGUACUGAUGCCACACUGGACUUGAACUCAGAGAAAGACGUUUUAAAUUGAAUGUCUGCGUGGAAGAAUAAUUGGUUUAUCUGAAAUGAUGACUUAUUCUCCGAGCUUGUGGUGUAGGCGUAACUUCGAAUAAAUGCAGGCUCAUGGCUUGAUGCGAUCCAAACCUAAUUAGUUAUGCCAGGGUUUAUCCCUUCAGAGAUCAAGUGGGAGGAAGUCCUUUAUUAAUAUACCCAAUAUGAAAGUCAACAUGUUUUGCAUUUUAGUUAAUAUUAACCAAUUGGCGCCUGCUCUUUGCUUAGUGUAGAAUGAGUAGAGCAGUGUGUCACACUGGGGUUGAAUAUGACUCGCUGUUUCCGGCUUAUAACUCUUUAUAUCAACUCAUCUUUGAACUCUUAAGUAAUAAACUGUUGUCUAUGACGAAAGGCACAGCAAGGCAAACAGCACGGAGCUUGUUUUUUUAAAGCCUUAACAUUUUUGAAAACUUCUACUUGGGGUAAUGAUGGAGGCAUUCGUGUGGAGUGAGGUCCUUCUCUCAGUUUACAUCAUUUCCUUCCUCAUCGGCCUGCCGGCCAACCUCCUGGCUCUCUAUGCCUUCAGCGUUAAGAUCCACUCCAAGCCGCUUCCCACAGACAUUCUGCUGCUCAACCUGACUGUCUCUGACCUGCUCUUUUUGAUCGUCCUCCCUCUCAAGAUGUACGAGGCAGCGUCAGGCAUGGAGUGGCAUUUGCCCAGCUUCCUGUGCUCCAUCACCGCCUUCACGUUCUUCUCCACAAUCUACACCAGCUCCCUGCUGCUGAUGGCGGUCAGCGUGGUUCGCUACAUUGGGAUAGCUUUCCCCAUCACCUAUCAUCGGCUGCUCAAACCUGUGUACGCGAUAGUUAUCAGUGCUGUUAUUUGGUUCAUUUCUGCAGCACACUGCAGCAUUACUUUCAUCACCCAGCACCACCCAUCCCUGUCUACUAAAAACUCCAGCGUCUGUUAUGAGGACUUUACAGAGAAGCAGUUGGAGAUCCUCCUCCCAGUACGUUUGGAGUUUUUCUUUGUGCUCUGCCUGGUACCUCUUCUGAUUUGCGUUUACUGCUACAUGCGCUGCAUCUUGAUCCUAUACAGCCGCCCCAGGAUUUCCCGGCUGCAGAAGCAGAAGGCCAUCGGCAUGGCCUUGGGGACGCUAGCUGUGUUUCUCAUUUGUGUGCUGCCAUACAACUUCUCUCAUUUACUGGGCUACUUCCAGGGCGUGAGCCCAAAAUGGAGGUACUACACCUUGCUGCUUAGCACCUUCAACACCUGUAUUGAUCCCAUCAUCUUCUACUUUUCCUCGUCUGCUUUCCACUGCAAUAGUAAAAAGUCAAUUUUCAGGAAGCACGCACUCACUAUUGCAAAAUUACAAAGGCAGCCUAUAAGCUCUGGCUCAGUGUAAAAUACCAACACAUUCUCAUCCCAACUCAUACAUCACACAUACUGACGCUUUGUUAGGAUCCCUUGGUGUCGCUUUCUAACCUAUGGCGCUCCACAACGGUUGCAGUAAAUACAUGGUUAACAUUGUGAAUGCAAACAAAAACACUUGCUUAGGUUUAGGUAACAAAACCACUUAGGAAAAAUGAUCGUGGUUUGGUUUAAAGUUACUACGUUUGUAAGGUGAAAA